AAACCAAUGUUAGUGUUUUAAUUGCACACCAUUCAAGAACAGAAGACAUUAAUUUCUAUGAAUUGAAUAAAAUAGAAGAAAGGUACUAAACCCAAAAGCAGUUUGAAAAAAUUGCUUUUUUAUAACUAUGAACGAUCACGCUUCUCCGUUCAACCACCGUCCUCUCGCUCCGUCACAUCUACAAAUCUCACCGCCGGUUGUUGUUGAUGAAGACAAACAAUCAAAUGAUAAGGGAUCAAAGCCAUUUGAUAUUUGCACCCCCAAACUAAACAGAUGUGUUGUUUUGAAAGCAUCUUUAUUUGUAAAAAACAGAGAAAAAAGAAAGGAAAUGACACAAACCAAGGAAAGAACUGUAUUAAGACCUGGAAUGGUUCUUUUGAAGGGUUACAUUUCGAUAAGAGAUCAAAUUAAGAUAGUGAAAGUAAUUAGGGAAUUAGGGUUAGGUGAUGGAGGAUUUUACCAACCUAGUUAUGAUGAGGGGGCUGAACUUCAAUUGAAAAUGAUGUGUCUUGGUAAAAAUUGGGAUCCUCAAACAAGUCGAUAUCUAGACCAACGACCGUGCGAUGGCUCCUCUCCGCCCGAAAUUCCGAGUGAAUUCGUUGACUUGGUUAACUCUGCAGUCCAUGAAUCAAAUUCCAUCACUAAACCCUCAAACUCGAAACCAAUUCCGUCGAUAUCUCCUGACAUUUGUAUUGUCAAUUUUUAUGCAAAAAAUGGCAAACUUGGUCUUCAUCAGGACAAGGAUGAAAGUGAAGAGAGUAUUCGCAAGGGUUUGCCAGUUGUGUCAUUCUCUAUUGGAGACUCUGCAGAGUUUUUGUAUGGUGAUGAAAGUAAUGUUGCUAAGGCAAAGAAAGUUGUUCUUGAGUCUGGGGAUGUUUUGAUCUUUGGUGGCAAGUCAAGAAAGGUUUUUCAUGGCGUUGCUUCUAUUGAUCCAAACAGCGCCCCUAGCCUCUUGGUCGAAGAAACAGAUCUCCGUCGUCCUGGCCGAUUGAAUCUUACUUUCAGACAGUAUUAAGUUAAAUUAAAUGGCCUCUUCAUUUUGACUAUUGUAGAUUAUUUUGAAACCGAUUUCGAUAGUUUAAUUGGGCAGUGCUUGUAAUGCUAUGCUAUGCUAAUUUUGUAUCCAUAUUUGGCUCUUUGUCGGUAUAGUUUCUCACAUUUUCAAAAAUCUUGUAGUCUUCAGUGACAGCGACAAUCUAAUUAUUAUGAAUGAAUUUUGCUUUAUCAC